CUGUCAAUCCUCAUCGCGCUGUCGAUUUUCGCAACGCAGCAGGACCGCUCUCCACCUCGUUAACGACCUCCACUCCCGUUGACGACCUCUCCCGCCCAAUACGAUCGCAAGACGCCGUCAAAAGCGUGUCCACAGUUCUUCGAACGUACAGCUUUAACCGGCUGUUUCACGCUAUUCCUUAUCUUUCGGACUGUCUCAGCGGGCGGCUGCUGGGAGGAAACCUAGGCAAGCCCAUUACCAGCCUGAGCCCAGACUCAACAAAAAUAUCGAAGUGUAGUUGCUGUUUUAGUGCAAAAAGCAGAGACCUUCAUUUCUGACUUGCACAGCGCAAAAUGGUGAAACCAAAUUCCAACAAAGCGGGCAACGGCCGCUUCAGCCCCGAUGCCGAGGAUAGCCACCAGCUCCCAGCACCAAAAAAACGCAGAUACCACCAAUCUGAUCCGGCCCUCGACAGCGAAAAUGAAAACCAUGAUCUGCGCUCGCCUGCGACCAAGAAACCACCCUCAUUCAUUGUACCUCCCUCGCCCACCCUCAGAAACGAACCACCCUCAAAGACCAAAAAUGAACAAGUAGCAUUCCAACCCAACUCCGCAGGAGCCGCAGAACCUGCCAAGUCCGCCGACCCCACAGAAACCCCCACCAAAGCAAACGACAAAAACGACAUCUGGACCAGGCCGCGAUUCAGGACCCUUGUUGAUACUCAAGAGCGCCGCCGCCGACCGGACCCGGACGGUACAGACCUGGAAUACCCGCCCAGCCCUGACCUGCGCGGGUUUGAUGAGUACAAGAAGCGGUGGGAUAAGUGUGCUGGUCAAGAUGGUGAUGAUGAGGACUCCUCAACCUGGCCCACAACCACCCUUUCUACCACUCUCGACACUGACGACCUCGACACCUGGACCGCAACCCUCUCCACCCUCUCCCUCUCCGCACCUGUCGACACGACCUCGCGCGACGACCCGCGGUUCUUUCCCGACACAUUCCUGAUCGCGCCGGUCGGGACGCAUGGGAGGGUGGAUAAAGCGAGGGAGAGGAGUUUGAGUCCUAGGGAGAGGAAGAGGGGUGCGGGGGAAUGGAGGGCGGCGUGGAGGUAUGAGGACUGA